AUGAAAACAAAAUUAAAAAGUAAGAACACUAUUGACUAUAUUAAAGAUACAUCAAGUUUAUUACCUUCAACAACAGUUCAAUUACCUCCACCUCCUUUAACAACAUCAAUUCAAUUAGGUGCAACACCAUCUUCACCACCUCUUCCAUCAUUAUCAUCUAAUAGUUUAAUUGUAACAACAGCUUCAACACUUUCAACAACUGGAAUAGUUUCUUCAAUGUCACCCACAAAUGAUUCUCAAAGGUUAACAGAAACUCAACAUUGGUAUCAUCAUCAUCACCAUCAUCAUCCGCAUCCGCACACACAUCAUACACAUCAUUCCCAUCAUCAUCAUCAUCCUCAUAAUCAUUUACAUCCACAUCAAUUAGAGGAACAAAAUUUUCUAGUUUUCGGAACUAAUCCAAAUUCUAAUAAAUUACACGAUUGUUCUGAUGGAGAUUAUUUUAACACAAGGUACAACGUAAAAGGGAUUCGUAGUGAAAGAACUUCAUCUUUUUUCGACAUACCCGCUGCGACUCAUCCAUACUGUUAUAGGUUUCCCUCAAAUCCAGAAAUAUUAAAAAAAGAACUAGAGGAGGAGAGAGCUUAUCAAAGUCACGCAUCAACAUUACAUCUUAAUCAACAUUAUCAUCAUAAAAUUGAAUACCCUGAUUCGACAACAAAUUUAAAUCAUCAUCAAAAUUUAACACAAACUAUUCCCAGAACUUCACCUUCUGACCUUCACUCAUUUUCAUCAUAUAACAAUUCGGCGUAUGCAGCAGCAUUAAGACCAGCCGAUUCAACAAUUGUAAGUUCUACAGAACCUGAAAUUGGUUUUGGUGGUUUAUAUCCAACUUGUAGUCCAACUUUGAAUAGUUCCUUGAAUCAAAGGAGAGGUUCAUUACAACUUUGGCAAUUUUUAGUAUCACUUCUAGAUGAACCAGCUAGUUCAGGCUGUAUAGCAUGGACAGGAAAGGGAAUGGAAUUUAAGUUAAUUGAACCAGAAGAAGUUGCACGUCGCUGGGGUAUUCAGAAAAAUCGUCCUGCUAUGAAUUACGAUAAAUUAUCAAGGAGUUUAAGAUAUUAUUAUGAAAAAGGAAUUAUGCAAAAAGUUGCUGGAGAAAGAUAUGUUUAUAAAUUUGUCUGUGCUCCAGAAGCUCUUUUUAGUAUGGCAUAUGGUCAUCAUGAUAAUAAUUAUACUACAAAUAAUAAUACAAAUAGCAGUAGUAGUGGCAAUGGCAGUCAACUUCCUAAUUCAAAUUUGAGUGGUAGUAACAUUAAUAAUAAGUUAAAUAUAACAACACUGAUUGAUGAACACCAAAAUCAACAGCUUCAACAUCCUGAUGAUUUGUGUGCCACUGAUGAUAUUUCACAACAAUGUGGCUGUGAGUCAAAAUUAGAUUUAUAG